GGUCUUCUAAUAGUCUGGACCAUCCCCCUGUCCUUUAUUUCUCUCUUUCUCCCAUUAUCUCUUUAUGUCCUGCUCCCUGACAACAGCAAAAGUAAGAGCUCCCUUACUAAUUUUCCACGCACUUCUUUGUUUUCUCAAUAUCCCAUCACUUUUGACAUUUUACAGCCGUAGGCAUUCUUUUCUCCUCCUUCCAGAGCGCUUACGCCAAUUUUUGGCUUGACAUAAUCUGAAAUGGUGCUUAAGUGAAUUUAUGUUGUGCCCAGUGCAUUAACUUCUGCUGUUUUUGCCUUUAUGUUACGGAGAGCUUUUGUGCGAGCGCACCGAGGGAAAAAAGAGAGAGGGAAUGAGAAUUUGAAACCCAGACCACGGACUAGACAGCCUAUCAGUAUUCAGCUGAGAAAGUGAGUGAUGGAGAGAGAGAGAAACGGAGGAAAGAAAGGAGGAGGGGGUGAUGUAUCAAUAUUCUGAGUAGUGUUUGAGGGCAAGAAGAACGAUCCGGGGAAGGGUGAAAGAGGGGCGCGGGUGCAAGAAACAGUCCGAGCGGGUUUAUUCGCUCAGUGUUUGUUAGCGUGAGUCCAUUGGGGCGAGAUGAUAUUGGUAGAGGACGGAGACUCAAGUAUGUGUUUGUCUGAGAGAAGUGUUGUUCAAGUCGAAUGUGACGGAAUCGUAGCCGAACGCUAGCCAUAACUCCACUCUCCCUCGCUCUCUUUUACUCUGUGUGCUAAUCAGCAUUUGAAAGGCAGCUUUGACAGUGAGAAAGAAAAGUGAGGGCAGUGGGGAGGAGGGAGUGUAAACGAGAAAGAAACGAGAGAGAGAGAGAGAGAGAGAGAGAGGUAGGGGCCGUACAAGCAUUUCUUUUAUAUUUACUAGCGAUUGAGGAGAGAGAGAGAGGGAGCGGGUGAAGAGACGACCGGUGCGUGCAGCUUUCCCAAGAGGAAAUGAAAAGAAAAGAAGCUCAACGAGGAAAGAGAGACAGCCAAAGCCAGGAGCACGCCAGAGGAGGAAACAGACUCGCAUCCUCUAACUCCAGUCACAUCUGAGACGAUCCCGCUUGGAAAGUGAAGGAGGAGAGAGGGGGAGAGCGUGGUCACAGCCGCUGAGCGUCCACACACACACACACUCUUGCGGCAGCGGACCACUGUGUGUUCGCCUGCUCUUUUGUGCCGGCAGCUGGGAUAGUUCUUGGCCCCGUCUGACCCCCUUGUCACCCCCUGUGUGAGUGUGUGUGUGUGUGUGGGAGCGCGAGGGGACCAGGAACGUGGACUGAGCGGAGGGGAGGGUCACCGGUUCGGGUGUCUGGACGGAGGAGGAGAGAAACAUCUGCCACCAAAACAGCUGGACAUGCACAUCAGCUCUUCUGUUGGGGGUCUCGGACUGACAUAGCCUCAGCCAAUCACAGCCUGAGUUAGAGGUGGCGGCCCGUAGGGGGCGUGAUGGCGGCCAUGCCGUUCGUCAGCGAGGGCAAGUGUGUGAGCGUGGAGUGGGACUUCCUACAGGGGCUGCUCGCCAAACCACCCACCUUACCCUGCUUGCAGAACUUGAGGAAGGAGAAGUCUCGCAAUGCAGCUCGUUCUCGACGGGGUAAGGAGAACUUUGAGUUCUUCGAACUGGCGAAAAUGCUUCCCCUCCCCGGGGCAAUAACCAGCCAGCUGGACAAGGCCUCCAUCAUCCGCCUCACCAUCAGUUACCUGCACAUGAGACACUUUGCCAGCCAGGGAGACCCACCCUGGAGCCCUCUACUGGAGGGGGAGAACAACUGCAACAAGGUGCGAAGAACAAGCCAUUCGUUGGUGACUGACAUAUUUGAACAGCACCUGGGAGCUCAUCUUCUACAGUCUCUGGAUGGAUUUGUGUUCGUGGUCAGUCAGGAAGGACGAUUUCUUUAUAUCUCAGAGACUGUUUCCAUCUACCUUGGCCUUUCACAGGUUGAGUUGACUGGCAGUAGUGUGUUCGAUUACAUCCACCCUGCGGAUCAUGUUGAGAUGGCAGAGCGUCUUGGCAUUAGGCCACACCUCCGAGCAGAGGCAGGCUGUCAAACAUCCCAUGAGAGCGCUUCAAGCUCCGCCUCCACAUCCUCGCUGGCCGGCACUCCAGAACCAGCACCAUCUAGUCCCUGUUCUCCAGGAGGUGAGUUAUCAGAACGUGGAUUCUUCAUCAGGAUGAAAUCCACCCUCACCAAGCGUGGCCUCCACGUUAAGUCCUCGGGCUAUAAAGUGAUUCAUGUGACAGGUCGGAUUCGGUGUCGGCCAGCCCUGGUGCCAGGCUCCUCCCGCCCCUUGCAUCGACCAAUGGGAUUGGUUGCUCUGGCUCACACGCUUCCACCCUCCACACUCAAUGAGGUGCGCAUGGAAAGUCAAAUGUUUGUCUUCAGAGUCAACAUGGACCUGCAGGUCACCUACUGUGAGAACAGGAUUUCAGAUUAUAUGGAUCUGAGCCCAACUGAGGUGGUGGGACGCACCUGCUACCAUUUCAUCCAUGCAGAAGACCUGGACACCAUCAGGCAGAGCCAUGAAGACUUGCUGCGGAAAGGGCAGGUUGUGACGGGGUAUUAUCGCUGGUUGCAAAGGAGAGGAGGGUAUCUGUGGAUCCAGUCCUGUGCCACCGUGUCCAUUAACCACAAAGCGCCCCAUGAGCGUAACGUUAUCUGGGUCAACUAUGUGCUCAGUCGACCAGAGCUGGCAGACAUGCCUUUGGACUUAUUACAACUCCCAGAAAGCCUGAGGGCAGAGAGGCUUCAAGCAAGCUCCUCCCCACGUGACACCUCUCCAAAGGCACAAGGCUCCGCAGGGACACAGCCAUUGAAAGGCAGGACCGAGACAGACCACAAAGGGAAGGAAGCCUUCUCAAACACUGCUGCCAGUCGACCAGAGAACACCAGAAAGAGAUCGCACCAGUCUAAUGCUGAAAGCGGUCCUCCUGAGGUGAGGAGGCGGAUGGAGGUUUUUCGGCAGAGAGAGGAAAGCCCAUGUACCUCCUCGGACCAAGCCAGUGACAGUGAGGUGGAAGAGGACGAUGAGAGGGAGAGCGAGUGGGACCACAACCCCUCCAGAAAACGGGUGAAGAGCGAAGAGGGGCAGUUGAAGCAAGGCAACGGGGCCAAUGGAGCAAGUAAGAUCCACAACGGUCGUGCAGUGAUCCAGCAUCUUAAGAGUGUGGUGACCAGUUCCGGGUCGAAUAUUAAGACUGAACAAGAAGUAAUGGGAACAAGUGUAGGUGCAGGUUCUGGAAGGCGUUGGAGCCAAGCUCAACCCAGCAGUGGAGGGACCAAUGGCAGCAGUCCACCUUCCCAACCUCAAAACUCGACCUCGACAGAAGCUCCAUCCAAGGGCCUGUUCAACCCACCCUCCCCGACCCUGUCGCCAUCCAUUCUGGCCUCAUCCCUGCCCAGAGAUGAUCGGUCCAUGCACGGAGGGCGUGCUCCGGACUUCGAACUGCUGCAGAGACUCACUGCUAGUGGGGCUGCAGGACGUGUGCUGUUUCAUCCCCUGGCUAUAGGCCCACAGGGGCCUCAGAGUCUCUAUGCUCCCAGCACUAUUCGCUACGCCCCACCUGAGAUGCCUACAGCUCACGCUGAAGGGCACCGCUCAGACCAUGUGGCCAAAACUCCUACUUUCUUUCCCCACUUGCAAAGGAUCGCCUCUCUGCCUCCCUUCAGUGGAUUUUCUCCAGCUGAACCCACUUUUCCUCCAACUCUGCCCUUCUGUAUGAAUGGACUGAGGGGAAUGGCAGGGACAGAUGAGGAUUGAAGGACAAAGAUAGAAAAAAAUUUAAAGGGUAGGCAGAACAGGUCAUAAAGGACAGGGCACAACGUUGAGAGAGGAACUGCAGAAGAACUUUGUGUUUUUAAAACAGUCUUCCGAGUAUCCUCUCCAGACUUUUCUCUGUUAAUUUGUUAGUGUGUCUUCCUCUCUCUCUGGACAAGCAGUCAAAGCCAUAACGAACAUAUGAAGGACAUCAUGCAACUUACACGAAGGGGCCAUCAUUGAGGCCUAAACCACUGGAAAUUCAGGGAGGUCAUGAGGAAGGAGAGCCGAGGAAAUUGUUCUGGGGUUGCAUACAUAGGUCCUCUUUGACCCCUAGGGAAAUGGGCCCACCUAUACAUUUUUCCAAGUCCCCAUAAUUUAAGAAAACACACAGGAAUAUGCAAGCAUGGACAAAAGUAGAAUGGCGGCAAUUGCCAAAUAAGACAUUCCUAAGGAAACAAUACAUAAGAAAGCACACAGGUCCCUGACUGACAGAGGGGUCAUAAUGAAAAUAAAGAUUAGAACUUUUGAACAGUGUAGAAUUUUCAUUUUUGUAUAAAAAGAAUUGUCUUUAAACAUCUAAAAAUCACUUGAAAAAUGAUUAAUUCAAGGUCAUAGCCAUAUAGAUAACGCUGAGUUAAGUGGCUCCAUACAUGCAAAUGCUUCAAAAGACCCCCCCCCCCCCCACAAGACAUGAGCAAAUAUCACAGACUAAUCUUCCUAUAAGAAAUGUGGGGGUUUUGGGGGUGGUUAAGUGUGUCUAUUUGUCAUGUAUCAUGUCCAAGCACUUAUAGUAUAUUGUUGCAUACAUGUAGCACUUCAUCCAUGGCCAGACAUUUUAGUUCUUCUACUGUAAAAACCACAAGAAUUAAGUUUACAAUAGUUGUGCCAGAAAUGUGCAGAUGAUAUCACAAACUAAAGUGUGAAGAAUGUUGUCUGUUAUAUAAAGGUGUAAUGUUUUAUUUUAAAAUAAAUUGUCCACUGGAUAUCACAAACCUUGUCAUAAACAUGUCCAGGUACUAUUUCACUUACAAAUUCUGUAUUUUGCUCAUUUAUAUUCAUUUUUUAUGACAUUAUUGAAUUCAGUUCAUUUACUAUACAGGUGCAUCUCAAUGAAUUAGAAUGUCAUGGAAAAUUUCAUUUAUUUCAGUAAUUCAAAUCAAAUUGUGAAACUUGUGUAUUAAAUAAAUUCAAUGCACACAGACUGAAGUGGUUUAAGUCUUUGGUUCUUUUAAUUGUGAUUAUUUUGGCUCACAUUUAACAAAAACCCACAUAAUCUCAACAAAUUAGAAUACUUCAUUAGACCAAUAUAUAUACAAAUUUUUUAGUGAAUAGUUGGCCUUCUGGAAAGUAUGUUCAUUAACCCUUCAUGAACUCAAUAUUUGGUAGGGGCUCCUUUUGCUUUAAUUACUGCCCCAAUUCAACGUAGCAUGAGGUGAUCAGUUUGUGGCACUGCUGAGGUGGUCUGGAAGCCCAGGUUUCUUUGACAGUGGCCUUCAUCUCAUCUGCAUUUUUUGGUCUCUUGUUUCUCAUUUUCCUCUUGACAAUAGCCCACAGAUUCUCCAUGGGGUUCAGUUCUGGUGAGUUUGCUGUCAGUCAAGCACACCAACACUAUGGUCAUUUAACCAACUUUUGGUGCUUUUGGCAGUGUGGGCAGGUGCCAAAUCCUGCUGGAAAAUGAAAUCAGCAUCUUCAAAAAGCUGGUCAGCAGAAGGAAGUAUGAAGUGUUCAAAAAAAAAACAAUGGACCAACACCAGCAGAUGACUUUGCACCCCAAAUCAUCACAGACUGUGGAAACUUAUCACUGAACUUCAAGAGACUAGGGCUAUGAACAAGUUCUUUCAGACUCUAGGAACUUGGUUUCCAAAUAAAAAACAAAACUUGCUCUCAUCUGAAAAGAGGACUGUGGACCACUGGGCAACAGUCCAGUUCUUCUUCUCCUUAGCCCAGGUAAGACAACUCUGACGUUGUCUGUGGUUCAGGAGUGGCUUAACAAGAGGGAUAUGACAACUGUAGCCAAAUUCCUUGACCAUGAUGCCUUGACCCCAGCCUCAGUCCAUUCCUUGGGAAGUUAAUUCAAAUUCUUGAAUCGAUUUUGCUUGACGAUCCUCAUAAGGCUGCGGUUCCCUUGGUUUUUGUGCAUCUUUUCUUCCACACUUUUUCCUUACACUCAACUCUCUGUUAACAUGCCUGGAUACAGCACUCUGUGAACAGCCAGCUUCUUUGGCAAUGAAUGUUUGUGGCUCAAUGUGAAGGGUGUCAAUGAUUGUCUUCUGGACAACUGUCAGUUCAGCAGUCUUCCCCAUGGUUUUGUAGCCUAGUGAACCAAACUGAGAGACCAUUUUGAAGGCUCAUGAAACCUUUGCAGGUGUUUUGAGUUGAUUAGCUGAUUGGCAUGUCACCAUAUUCUAAUUUGUUGAGAUUGUGAAUUGUUGGGUUUUUGUUAAAUGUCUGUGCGCAUUGAAUUGAUUUAAUACACAGGUUACACAAUUUGAGUUGAAUUACUGAAAUAAAUGAACUUUUCCAAGGGAUUCUAAUUUAUUGAGAUGCACUUGUAAAUUCUCAUUACUGUAAUGCAGAAAGUACUUGCAUUUGGAGAAAAAAAGUGUAAGACAAGUACAGACAUUACUCCUUGAGAAUUUGGGGGAGAUUGUGCACAAAUUUCAUUAAAAUAAAACAAAAAAAAUCUUAAUUGUUCCAAAAAUAUAACUUUUUGUGGAUUUUGAAGUAAAAUUUUACCUGUGACAAUGAGAUUCACACCACUAUUUAAAGCUAAGGCACACUUUUCCAGAACCUAGUGAGCUGCUUAGCAUUGUAAGGCAUUUUCCAUGCUCCUGAUGUAAGACAGUAAAAUAGUAAAUAUUAAAAUGAGAUACCUCCUUUUUGCAAGAUUCUAAGGUAUCGUUUGAAUGUAAAUCCCAGAAUGCAUUGCAGCAGUGUUUACAAUAUAUUCUUUGUGCUUAAAGUAUUUUUUAGCUUAGAAAUACGCUAAUGUAAAAUUAUUGGAAUCAAAUAGUUUUUAUUUGUGUAUUUUUUGUCUGUAGACAUAGAAAGCAGCUCACUAGAUUUUGGAGUCAGGAUGUAGAACAAUAAGGUCUAUGUUCUUUAAAGAUGUAAAAAAUUAAUAAAUAAACAAACAACGGUAUGGGUACCUUUCAUGAGGAUGCAUAGAUGAAAAAGAAAUUCAAUCCCUUUGUAGUCAUUAAAAUAGUUUUAUGAACAACAAUAUGGAUAUUGUAAGUGGACCACGAAAACUAUUAAGUCCUGAUAACUGAUGAAACCAAGCUAAAGAUAACAAUGUGGUUUAAGCAGGAACUAAUUACAGAAGGACAGAUACAAGAUUCACCAUGUGAACAUUUUCUAGGCUUUUUGUUGUUGUUGUUGUUGUUUUUUGUGUGUGUAUGCAGGUUUUUCUGCCCAUGCAGUAUUACCAGAUAUGAUGGUUUUCAGUAGCACUAAACGAUAUGAGAUGUUUUUUUAUUUGUAUUUGUGAUUGAGGGUGAAUGUGUAAAUAGUUGAGAGAAUCAGUCCUGAAAAAUCAGCACGAGUUGGUGUUCCCUUAACCUUUACCAUCACUGUGACUUCUAACUUCUUUAUGAUGAGAUGUUUGUGAAAAUACAGCACCGUGAGCAUUAAAUGAAAACGAUACACUGUAAAAACAAUUAUUAUGAUAAUCCAAACAACAAUAAUAAACUCUAUUCCAAAAACCGA